AUGGCUUCUAAUGUUGAGAACACCUCCGAAUCACGGGUGGCAAGUCUUCUAGCAGGCUCAAUUAUUCCCCAUGUGAUAGCAUCAAUUUUUGUCCUCGCAAGAUUGUAUUCUAGAAAAAUCCUUUCGGGUAGCUGCGGUGUUGAUGAUACAUUAAUAACGAUCUCAUGGAUCGGUAGCAUUUUCGUUGCAGUUAUACAAUGUCUUUUUGUCAAGUUUGGGGCUGGUCAUCACCAAAAUGUCCUGGCCACUGCCGAUAUCAUAUCGAUGAAGAAGCUGGGAUUCGCCAACCGCAUCGUCUUCCAGUUCGUCAUUUGUACUACGAAGCUUGGAAUCUGCGCCUUCUAUAUCAGAGUCUUCCAUGACAAAUUCAGCAAGUGGUUCCUCUAUUCUCUUCUUGCAGUUAUCACUGCCCUGGCAAUUGCGAUGGAGUUUACGAUCAUCUUCUCGUGUUCACCAGUAUCGGACGUAUGGUCUCUUGGAAAACAGAAUUGUAUUCCGUUUGCACCAAGCUUUAUUGCCAAUACAGUUUGCAAUAUCGCCGUCGAUCUUACACUCAUGGUAUUCGUUGUCCCCAAAAUUAUACCGCUCAAGAUACCGCGCCAACAGAAAAUUUACAUAUAUGCCGUUGUCGGGAUGGGGUUUCUAGUCAUCCUUGCUUCAAUAUUCCGAUGCAUUUCAAUCCUGAAGUAUUUCAAAAGCAGUGAUCUGUCCUGGGAACGAGUCAACAUUGGGAUCUGGGUAUCGAUCGAAGUCAGCACCGGGCUCUUUUGUGCCUCUGCCCCAUGCUUGAAACCCCUUGUUCGCAAGUUGUUCCCAGGCAUAACCUCUGCCCUUUCGAGCACAUUGUCCAAAACACCCACACCCGACGACGGCGAUAUAAAAACAAUCAAGUCUCGACGCCAGUCCAUGCAAUCCCGCAAAUCGGCAUUCAUACCACAUCUCAAGAAGGCGUUUUCGAGAAAAGCAAAGUUGGGGCUAGAGGAAGUGAAGCUGAAGACCAUCAAAGCCAAGCGACAUAGUCGAGGCACAUUUGCGUAUGCGAUACGGAAGAGGGAUGACGCCUUCCAGGAAGGAGAUCUUGAAGACUUGAGAGGUGGUGUAAGCGUAGAGAAUUGGCUCGGCAAGAUUGUUGAUGAAGAGGCUGUCAAGAAAGCCGCUGCUACUGUGGCGCUGUCGGAUGGUGACAAGGAGUUUGCGAGGAUUGGGAGGAGGAUGAGCGGUGUUUCUUCGAUCAUGAGUUCUGGUUGA